UCCCCUGUAGAAGUAGUAAUAUUGGUAGCCAGAGGGCUCCUCAUAAAAGAUCUGGAACAGAAAGAACUUGUCCUAAUGCAAUUGUUGAUCCAUACCACCUUCCUCUUCUUCUUUUUCUUUCUUUCCUUCUCUCUCUCUCCUCCUGCAGGUGUUGGGCUUUCAUUCUCAAAAGCCUCCAGACAAGAAGAAGCAGCUGGAGCAACAAGCAAGGAUGUUUCCAUUAAAGCUCCUCUGAGAGUGCCCUCUCCUGGGGAGAGGGAUACAAUUGAUCCCUACAGUUGAAUCGAAGGUGCUCUGUUUCCUCCAUGCCUGCUUGCACUCUUGCACUCUAUGGACUCAGCUGCGCAGAACAAAUGAGAAACCAUCUAAGACCUUUGUGUUGACCGGAUUACGUUAGUGAUUCAGAAAGGCCUUUGCUGCCUUUUUGGAGCAACGCAAUGAUAUUCUUGGCUACCCUAUGGAUUUUGCUGGUUUAUCCUAUUACAUGCAAUGCCAAUAGUCAGAAUCCAAGCUAUAAUGUGGCAAUCAAGAAGGAGAUCAGCCUGGAAGGAGACUUAGUUAUUGGAGGCCUGUUCCCAGUUCAUGAGAAAGGUAGCCCAGCGGAGGAUUGUGGCAAAAUCAACGAACAUCGUGGCAUCCAACGCCUUGAGGCUAUGCUUUUUGCCCUAGAUGAGAUCAACAAGAACCACCAUAUUCUACCAGGCAUUACCCUAGGGGCACACAUCCUGGAUACCUGCUCCAAAGAUACCUAUGCCCUGGAGCAAUCACUGGAUUUUGUCCGUGCCUCCCUCACCAGAGUGGAUGGCUCUGAGCACAUCUGCCCCGAUGGGUCGUACGCCAUCCACGACGAUGUACCUACAGCCAUCACAGGUGUCAUUGGGGGUUCCUACAGUGAUGUCUCAAUCCAGGUGGCUAAUCUCCUACGGCUGUUCCAGAUCCCUCAGAUCAGUUAUGCUUCUACCAGUGCUAAGCUGAGUGACAAGUCUCGCUAUGAUUACUUUGCUCGCACUGUCCCACCAGACUUCUACCAGGCCAAAGCUAUGUCUGAGAUCCUGCGGUUCUUCAACUGGACCUAUGUCUCCACUGUGGCCUCCGAAGGAGACUAUGGAGAAACAGGCAUUGAAGCUUUUGAACAACAAGCUCGGGCCCGCAACAUCUGCAUUGCCACUUCUGAGAAAGUGGGACGUUCUAUGAACAAGAAGACUUUUGAUGGGGUGAUUAAGGCACUGAUGCAAAAACCCAGUGCAAGAGUGGUAGUGCUAUUCACCCGAAGUGAAGAUGCUCGGGAGCUGUUAGCAGCUGCUCAAAGGAUUAAUGUGUCCUUCACUUGGGUGGCCAGCGAUGGUUGGGGGGCUCUAGAGAGUGUAGUGGCUGGCAGUGAGCCAAUUGCUGAUGGUGCUAUCACUAUUGAACUGGCUUCCUACCCAAUACAGGAAUUUGCUGUGUACUUCCGAAACCUCAAUCCCUACAACAACAGCCGAAAUCCAUGGUUCCAGGAGUUCUGGGAACACAAGUUCCAGUGUAGUUUCUACAACCAGAACUGCAGUCACUUCUCCUUGAAGUCAGGGCAGUUCGAACAGGAAUCCAAAAUCAUGUUUGUGGUCAAUGCAGUCUAUGCAAUGGCCCAUGCACUUCAUAACAUGCAUCAAGCACUCUGUCCCAAUGCCACCAAGCUCUGUGAUUCCAUGAAGCCAGUGAAUGGGAAGCGGUUCUACAAGGAUUUCAUGCUCAACGUAACUUUUGAUGCUCCAUUUCGACCAUCACUAGACACCAAAAGUAUGGUUCGAUUUGACCAAUGUGGAGAUGGAAUUGGUCGUUACAAUAUUUUCAACUACCAGAGAGCCAAUGGGAGAUAUCGCUAUCAGAAGGUAGGCUACUGGGCAGAAGGACUCAUUCUGAACACCAACCUCAUUCCAUGGGUGAAGACCUCCAUUCCUGUUUCCCAGUGCAGUGACCCCUGCAAGAAGAACGAAAUGAAGAGCAUGCAACCAGGAGACAUGUGCUGUUGGAUAUGUAUCCCAUGCCAGCCAUAUGAAUUUCUGUUGGAUGAAUUUACUUGCAGAGAUUGUGGCCUUGGUUAUUGGCCCAAUGGGACUUUAAAUGGAUGCUACGAGUUACCCCAAGAGUAUAUUCACUGGAAGGAUGUCUGGGCUAUUGGACCAGUCACAAUUUCUUGCCUUGGUUUCAUGUCCACUCUGUUUGUUUUGGGUUUUUUUGUUAGGAAUAAUGACACUCCCAUUGUGAAAGCAUCAGGCCGAGAACUAUGCUACAUCCUGCUGACUGGAGUGUUGAUGUGCUACAGCAUGACAUUUAUCUUCAUUGCCAAGCCUUCCACUGUGGUCUGUACUCUGCGGCGCUUAGGGUUAGGCACCUCCUUUGCUGUCUGCUACUCUGCCCUCUUGACCAAGACAAACCGAAUUGCACGGAUUUUCAGUGGAGUCAAAGAAGGCGUGCAGCGUCCGCGGUUCAUAAGCCCCACCUCCCAAGUGGUCAUCUGCAUGGCUCUUAUUUCAUGCCAGCUCAUUAUUGCCAUUAUCUGGCUCAUGGUGGAGAUUCCAGGCACACGAAAGGAUACUGAACCUGACAAAAGGUAUAUUGUCACCCUCAAAUGCAACAACCGAGACUCCAGUAUGCUAAUUUCACUCACCUACAAUGUCCUCUUGAUCAUGUUGUGUACAGUCUAUGCCUUCAAGACCAGGAAAUGUCCAGAAAACUUCAAUGAGGCCAAGUUCAUUGGAUUCACCAUGUAUACCACAUGCAUCAUUUGGCUAGCCUUCCUGCCCAUCUUCUAUGUUACCUCCAGCGAUUACCGCGUUCAGACUACGACAAUGUGCAUCUCAGUUAGCCUAAGUGGCACAGUAGUUCUUGGCUGCCUCUUCACUCCCAAGCUGCAUAUCAUUCUGUUCCAGCCCCAGAAGAACAUAGCCAGCCAUCGAGUUUCCACCAACCGAUUCAGUGUGACAGCUGCAGGCUCCAGCCACUCGCAGGGGUCGACUUCUCAAUAUGUCCCAACUGUGUGCAAUGGUCGUGAAGUGGUGGAUUCUACAACCUCAUCCUUGUGAACACUUGUGAAUGCUUGGUGAUCAUGAGUAUUUGUAGCUGUUGUGCUCAUCUCCUACAAACAAAUGCCUUUUUUGUUUCUCACUGGGCUUUUUCUUUCCUUAAAAGACAACAACAGCAACUAGUUUCGAAGUUCAUCUGUUGGACAAACUUUUUCAAGGCAAAGGAAUUGGGGACACAAGAAAUGAGAUCAAAUCUUUAUCAUCAAAGAGAAAGACUAAUACCGAGAGGCAGGAAUAUUUCAGCACAGUUUGGGAGGUUUUUUUUUAAAAAAAAAAACAGUGGCUCCAUAUUAUAGUAAACAUAGGACUGGGCUAAAGUAAAUGCACAAAUAGAAUUUAAUACACAAAGCUGCCCAAAACCAGGAAGAAAAGCACUGAAAUGGUAUUAUUUUAAUAACAAUACAGAAGAUGCGCACAGAAAUCUUCUCCAAUGGUUGGAUAAUACUGUUGGCAAUAAUAGCAGAAUAAGCAAAGGACUUGUUAUACAGACCAAUAAAAAGGUGCCUGAAAACUUCCAUGAUGAUUCCGGAGUGUAGACAUUGAUUCAGAGGGGUUUCUAAUCUCCAGCUUCCUCUGUUGUAUGAAGAGGAAGAAGACCUUGAUGUUGUUACUUGAAUUAUACAAUUAAAUUAAAUAUUGAGAGAUAUAGUGCCAAUAUAAGCCCGAUAGUUUUUUUGUGUUCUAAUAAUUCACAGGAAUUCAGUUAUGGGAAAAUGUAGGAUCUUAGCAAGCAAGAGUUUAUCCAAGCUACUUAGUGAGAGAAAAACAAUGAACAAAAUGCCACUACACCCAAAUGGAAAAAAUGAGAAGAUCUUUCUAUCAUGGAAAAUAUUUCUUCUGCUUGCCUUCGAUGCUAAAGUUUGACAAAAAUUGUUGGCUGCCUUCUGGGCUGUUGCUAUUCCAUAGCUAUCUGCUGAAGUUCUUUGCUCUCAGAACUAGAAUAGCAAUUGUUUCUGUUGGUUUCUAAAGGGAUGCAGGGAAUUUCUGGUAUCCAAAGGAAGAGGCAACAAGUUAUAAAGGAACUUUAGUACUUGAUUUGGCCCAGGAACUGUUCUGGGAGGAAAAGUCAACCUCCUCUUUCGGAAGACUCUUGAACUCUUAUCUACAUGUAGCCUGUUCUCAGCAACAGCUCUGUUAUAGCACAAUUAUUUUUUUCUUUUAAGCCUCCGGUGUUGCCAGUGAGCUAAAUUAGUUAACAACAACACACUUUUCUCCAUGGAAAAGCCUGCCCAGCCUCCAUCUGUCGUCUAUGCUUCCUUCACUAUAUCCCUGCUCAUAGAGCUGCCUUUUCAAAUCUGUCAGAUGCAUCAAGGGACAAUAUUAUGUAAGAAACCAGGUGGUCCAGUUAGUGUCACUCCUUGGAGGAUCUACCAGUAUCUAUCAUUCUUAAGCACCAAAUGAAUUCCUUGAAAGAGCAACUGGGCCACCAAAUAUCACCACAAACUCUUCCUAACUGUAAGGGGGGGGGUGUUUUCAUCUCUCAAAGGUUCCAUUUGUCAUUUUCUGGGCAAAUUUAUCUACUUUAAAAUGCUGCUGGAGGGUUUGAAGGGAAACCCUUUAUGCCUAAGUAUAUACGGUGCUGAAUAUUUUGGUGCAAACCACUUUCAUCAGUUACAAUUUACGCCAAGAACCGUCUGUGAUUGGUUGUUGAGUUGGCAUAGUAUGUUAGGCUAAAAAUAUCUUUUGCUAAUUUAUGCCUUGAUGUUUUGUAAAAGCCAAUUGUUUAGACAGUUCUGUUAACCAUAGUUGGUAUCUUUGUGCAAGCACAGCCAUGAUUUCUGCUAAGCUGCUAUGACUGGCUGUACAGUUGGUUAAUGGACACAUUUUACACCAUAUUGCCUAAGAGAGGCACUAAAUCCUUUAUUACGGCUUGUGAAAACUUCUAAAACUCACUGUCAACAACAGGAAAAGCUUUGGGCUAUUCCAAAGUUGGGUUUGAAGCAAAACUUCUUCAACAAACUUUCAUUGAGACCAGCACAAAGGAAAGAGUUGUUUGUAAGUAGGAUGUUGGUUUGAGUGAGAAAAAAAAAGAGAACCUUUUGCUCAGACAGCUGUUUACAGGGAAAAAAAUCUCAACUGUAACAAAGGGGUGAGGUGGGCUGUUUACGGUCUUCAGUGCUUCUGGCAAAAUUGCAAUGCCAAUGAAAUUCUUUGCUAGAUUGGGAAAAACAGUCUGUGCUCAUCCAGAUUUUGAGGAACUCUUGGUCACAUGGAAAACUUUCAUAAACUUUCCAGAGGAGAAAAAAGAUAGUAUGGUUAGCAGCUGGAGCAAGAUUUAAAUAUUUCUUGCACAUUCUAUAGAAAUCUAGCACUUGUGCUAUAUAAAAGGAAUAAUUUGUGGCUUUUCUGAGAAAGCUUGGGAAUGUGCCAAAUCCAAGUGAAAUCACAACGGCAGUACAAUUUCCUACAUUUCUUUAGGCAAGGGUGAAUUGGAGGCUUCUGCCCCCUCAGUAUCUAUGGUUUUGACUUGGGCUUCUUUAAUAAGAUUUAAAGAAUUAAAUAUCACAAUGCUUGCUCUGUUUUAAGAUAAUAUUUAUCCUCAUCCUAAAGUAACACAAAGAAAGAAGCUAUUUCUCACUUUGUAUGGCUCAGUGGUUUUAUUAUACACUUCUGUUAAUUCUGAUGCUCGACAAUCAUUUGGAAUGGAGCUUCUUUUAUGAAGGGUUUGAACAUCCAUUUCCUGGCAGAUGAAGAAAAUGAAUUCUCAUAUUUCUCUAUCUCACUAAAACAAAAUAUUACAGUAUUAUGUCAGUAUGUUCUUAAAUUUGUUCAGGACAAGAGUAAAGUAUAUCAAAGGAAUGUGGAAAGAAUCUGCGGACUUAACCAGGAGGGAAGCUAAUAUAAAUGUGAAAAACACAAUUUUACUUCUGUAAAGCAAUUCGGCUUAUAAAAGUACCAUACUUAUUGUAUACCACAAGGCUACUAGAACCAGUAGCAAUUAUUAACAUAAGCCUUACUCAUGGUCUGGAAUGAGCAGUUCUCCCUGCAGCUUACAGGUGGAGUGAGGUAGGGAGGUAGAACUACCUCACAACCAGGAAGACUAACUUUUCCAAUAUCAUUUUAAAAAGCACAUACUUUGCAGUUUUAAACCGAUUCAAAAACUGAACUACAUUUCCCAUUUCUCAAAUGUUCCCUAUGUGAACUGCCUGUGGGGAUCUGUCUGAAGAAUGGCCACAAAAAUGAUAAAAACAGCUUCUUGGGUAUCUGAAGAUAUUUGUAGGUUGAAGUAUUUUUCAGUGUAUCAAUGUCAGUGUUUGAACUAGGUAAUACAGGGAUGAUGAAUUACCAUUGUUGGGCUUCGGUGUAAAAUAAUAUGGUUUCAGUGCCUCUUUUGCUUUGAUUUGCUACAUAUGCCAGUACUGCUUUCCUCUGCAAGUGAUGCUUUGAAGCAUUUCUACUAUUACAGAAAUCUGCUUCACCUGCCAGUUAGCAACAGCAACAUGCCUGAACUUUGUUAGGUGCUGCUCAGCAUGAUGUAAUACAAGCAGACAUUUCCCCCUCUUUGAAAGAAUGGGGUUGUCAAGGGUGUUCCAUUAAUGCCUUAGGACUGCUACUUGGAUACUCUUCUCAUUCAGAGGGAGGGGUGUCAGGACUGUCUUUUUCAGCUGGAACCAAACCGUGUAGGCAACUCAGGCAUCACAGAAUCACUGAAAUAAGCAAGAAAAGGUAGCAGAACUAAAAUUCUGGAUAUAUGGUUCUUUUAUUAUUAUUAUUAUUAAAAGUUUUAAAGAUUUAAUACAAUAUA